CAUCUCGUGUUGCAUAUAAAUCAACAAUUCAUGAUAUCGAAACACUGUUAUUUAUUGUAGUAGGUAUAUAUUUUGUGAGUAGUUCGAUUGCAAGUUAGAAGAACUCGCCAUGGCUGCUACGCUGGAUUCAAUUCGAGUUGAGGUGAAGGUUGAGAUUAAAAAAGCGCUCAAGGCGAAAUCGACUGAGCCUCUGGAACGCAAGUACAAAUCAUUCCAACACACAGAUCAGGAUGUUACAGCCUGCUUUGACCAGGCUUUCCGUGAUUUUCAACUUGAGUUGAUAUCAGCUGAAAUGAAUGUUGGUGUCAUCGAAGAGUUCAUCACACUGAGUAUAGAAGCAUGCAGAAAAGACAUACUCACUAGCUCAACACCAGUCACACUGCUAAGUGACAUCUUUGAUCUGUUAACACUUGAUGACUGCAAGAAAAUGUUCUGCUAUGUGGAGCAUCAUGUACACAUUUGGAAGGAGGACUUGUUCUUUUCUAGUUGUAAGAAUAUUUUGCUUAGAUUGUGCAAUGACCUGCUGCGGAGACUGUCUAAAUCAAAUUCUACUAUAUUCUGUGGUAGAAUCUUAUUGUUUUUGGCUAAGUUUUUCCCAUUCUCUGAGAGGUCAGGCCUGAAUGUUGUGAGUGAGUUCAAUUUAGAGAAUAUUACUGAAUAUGGCUCAGAAUGUGGGGAUGCUGAUGAUGAGAAUGAUGUGGAUGCCCAAGAGGGCAAGAUUUUUAUUGAUUACAGUUUGUAUUGUAAGUUCUGGUCAUUGCAGGAUUUCUUUCGAAAUCCAAAUCAAUGUUAUGACAAAGUGCAGUGGAAGGUAUUUUGUGCACAUGCGGCUAGUAUUGUUUCCACAUUUGAAGGUUUGAAACUUGAACACUUAGAUAAAAGCUCAUCGUAUGAUAAAGAAAGUAUCAAUAAUUACUUUUCUAAGUAUUUGACCAAUCAGAAACUACUGGACUUGCAAUUGUAUGAUGUUAACUUUAGGCGUUUUGUGCUGGUGCAGUUUCUGAUUUUAUUUCAAUACUUAACAACAACUGUUAGAUUUAAGACAGCGUAUGAACUGCUCCCUGAGCAGAAAUUUUUUAUUCAGUCGACUAGCGAAAAAGUACACAGCCUGCUAAAGGAAACUCCGCCAGAUGGCGAAGAAUUCGAAUAUAUUGUCACGAAAAUAAUGUCACGCGAGGAGCAUUGGAAUGCAUGGAAAAAUGACGGAUGUCCUGAGUUCCGAAAAGCAUUACCGCAAGCAAUGAGCUGCACUGAGCCAGUGGCAACCGCACGACCACCUCGUCGCCUGCUUGGAGACAUCCUGAAGGAAGCACGUUCCAAAGGAAUGUAUCACAUGGGUAAUACAGAACUUACUAAGCUUUGGAACCUUAAUCCGGAUAAUUUGGAGGCGUGCAAAGCUAAAGAACGAGAUUUUCUUCCGUCUUUGGAUGAGUUCUUUGCCGACGCCAUUGAGGAAGUCUCUAAUGACAGGCUGAAACGCGAAGACCUCUUGAAAGACGGCUACGGGUGGCGCGCGUUGCGCUUGCUCGCUCGACGCUCCACUCACUUUUUAUAUAAUAAUUUACCCAUACGCGAACUGUCUGCUUUCCUCGAGAUGAUGAUACGUCGCAUCGCGUCCGCUAAGAGCACCACUCCGAGUAAUGUCGGCGAGGAUGGAGAAGAAGUGGAGGAUCUUUUCCGUCAGUCGGAGGACCCGCCGGAAAAUGACGGAGAAUUUCAAGUGCCCAAUAUAAUCCCAUUCAGGGUGUCCGUUUUAACCGUAACACAGUUUCAUAAUAUUUGCAGAGCUCUCCGUGAUGAUUGGCUGAUCCUUGCGAAGAAACUCGACUACCGCCCCGACGAAAUUGAUUUUAUAAUAUCGCACAAUCCCGAGCCUUCGCAGCAGAUUCGCAAUUUGUUAAAUGUUUGGUUUGAGGAGGACGACGAUUCAACGCUGGAAAAUUUCUUGUAUAUUUUGGAGGGACUAGAGUUGACUGAUGCGGCAGAGGAGGUAAAACUGGCCAUUGAACAAAAUAAAAAUCUUACCACUGACACAAGUAAUAGUAAUGAAAAUGAUUAAUGUAAUAAAUUAAGAUAAGAGAGAGAGAGAGAGAAUUGUUUUAUAAUUUUCAAUGAAUGUACUGAAGAAUUUAAUAAUAUUGAUACAAAUUGAA